AUGAGGGAAGUGAUCUCUAUUCAGCUUACCGUAAAGAAGAGGAAGAACGAGGUGCAGGACAUCAUGACCUUUUUGAGCAAAGACUUGGAAAGAAUUCAAACCCCUCACAAUGACACUCUGGUAGUGACACUUCGCGUCAAGGACUAUGACAUCAAGAGAAUACUGAUUGACCGGGGGAGUUCGGUCAAGAUCAUGUACUAUGACGCAUUCAAACAGAUGAAGUUGGAGGACAAGGACUUGGCCCCAGCAACAUCUCCUUUGGUCGGCUUAAACUCUCAACCGAAAUGGACAAUCGGGAAGAUCAUAUUGCUAGUCAAGGCUAGGUCGGUCACGAAGCAGGUUGAGUUUUGGGUACUGAAAGUCCCAUCCACAUACAACUUGAUACUGGGGAGGGGUUGGUUACACGCCAUGCAAGCGGUGGCUUCCACUUAUCACCAAGCCAUGCGCUUCCCUGGCCUAGCCAGGCAAAUAAAAGAAGUCUGGAGAGACCAAGUCAUGUUAAAACAAUGCUUUAUUGCGGUCAACAGCAGCCGGGCAGCGAAAGGUUUCGUACAGAUGAUAGAAGGACCAGAAGGCAAGGAGGUUCUGGAAGAUGUGGGAAGAAAAAUCGAAGAAAAUUCAAUUGAAGACUUGGUGGAGGACAACUUUCUAAGGAUUGACCAGCUGGUGGAUCUUACCACUGGUCACCGCAGAUUCAGCUUCCUUGAUGCAUAUCGCGGUUACUACCAAAUCGCCAUGUACGAGCCGGAAAGAGAGAUCACAUUCUUCACCACGCCGAGAGGCUUGUAUUGUUACAAGAUUAUGCCAUUUGGUCUUAAGAAUGCUAGUGCGACUUUCCAAAGGAUGGUGACCAAAAUGCUUGCUUCUCUUCUCAGCCGCACUAUGGAUGCCUAUAUUGACGACAUGGUGGUGAAGAGCAAAGAUGAGUCCCAACACCUCCCUAACCUAGUAGAAAUGUUUGUAAUCCUUAAGCGCCAUAAAUUGCACUUGAACGUUUCUAAGUGCGCUUUCGGUGUGGGUAUAGGAAAGUUUUUAGGCUUCUAA